AUGGAGCUGGCGGCGCUGCUCCGAGUGAUGGUCUGCUCACUCUGGCUGGUAAUGUACAGCUCUGGGUCAGCCUCUGGGCUGAUCUCUGACACCAACGGUACGUCACAGCAAGAUUCUACUGUACGUGACUGCAGUGAUCUGCCCUACUACUUUGCUAGUGGAGUGUACACAAUUUACCCUGAUCGUCUCACUCCGACCUCGGCCUACUGUGACAUGGACGAUGGCGAGGGAUGGACCGUCUUCCAAAGAAGAGCUGAUAUUUCACCCAGACAGGACUUCUACAAGGACUGGGAGGCCUACAAGUGGGGCCUGGGAAGUUUCGAUGGAGAGUUCUGGUGGGGACUUCAUCACCUCUGGCAGCUGACCUCCCAACUAGACAGAGUGUACGAAUUAAGGAUCGACCUCUGGGAUUUUGAAGGACAGACGAGGUACGCCACCUACCAGAAGUUCACCAUCGAAUCCGAGGAUGGCGGCUACAGAAUUGACUUUGGCGACUACUUCGGGACCGCCGGGGACAGUCUCCACUACCACAGAGGAAUGAAGUUCUCCACUAUUGACAGAGACAAUGACAUUUGGUCGGGUAGCUGUUCAUCUGACCGGGAGGGUGCCUGGUGGUAUUUCGGCUGCGCCAACUCCAACCUCAACGGACGGUACAAACCCGGAGUGUCAGACGUCACAACCGUCUAUUGGGAUGAAUGGAAGGGAUACGAAUGUCUGAGCGCCACCACUAUGAAGAUCAGACCCACAACUACGCCCUAA